AUAAGGACUUGGCUAGACAAAUUAGGUGCUAACACAUGGUCAAAAGUAAUGUCUGGCCCAAAGAGAUAUAAUAUUAUGACAUCAAAUUGUGCUGAGUCUAUGAACAAAGUCAAUGUCUGUGCUAGAGAGUAUUCUGUGUCUAAACUUGUUGAUUUCUUGCGUGAAAGGAUGCAGCAAUGGUUCACAGAGAGGAAAGAUAAAGCUGAGAAAACAAGUACUAUACUCACAAAGAAAUGUGAGAAACGCCUGGUAGCUUUGCAAGCUGAAUCCACACGUAUGAAGGUUAAACCAUCAUGUGCAUAUGAAUUUGAAGUUGUUGACAGUAGAUGCAAGUCCUUUGUGGUAAACCUCAACUCUAGAAGUUGUACAUGCGGCCACUUUCAAUUAGAUCAAUUUGUGUGUGUUCAUGCUGUGGCUGCAAUCGGUAUACGCCCACACCUUUCAUGUUAUACGUACAUAUCUCCAUAUUACACAAGAGAUGCUUGGCUUGCUACAUGGUCUGGUAUCAUGCAUCCUAUUGCUGAUCCUGACAGUUGGUCAAUUCCUGCUACUAUUCAAAACCAGAGAUGCAAGCCACCAAGUUGUUUGAAGC